GAGAUAACCUGUUACCCAAGAAACCUAUAGAAAAACAAAAUGUCUCAAUUUUCAAACUCUACUUCUUUUCUUUUUUUCAUUUUCCUCUUCUUCUUCAUCUUAUCGAAUCCCAUUGACAAAACCUCGGCCCAGCUCGACGACUAUGCAAGAGUCGAUAUAGUCAACAGAACCUGCAAAAAAUGCGCAGAGAAAUCGAAGUUCAUUAACUAUGGUUUCUGUCAAACCUCUCUCCAAGUAAUCCCAGCAAGCCAUGCAACAAACCUACGGGGAAUAGCCGUAAUCGCGAUGGAGCUAGCGCUCGAAAACGCAACAACUACCGUUACGAGAGUGAAAAGCUUGUUGGGCACGGAAGGUUUCGACCCGUUUAGCAUAGGAUGCUUGGAGAAAUGCUUGAUUUUAUAUGGUGAUGCUUUAGUGGCACUGGUGGAUGGUGUUGCUGAUUUUCUGACGGGGCAUUAUGGGAAUGCUAAAUUGAGGAUGAGGACAGUUUUGGAAGAAACAAUAAAGUGUGAAAAUAGUUUUAAGGAAAAAAAAGGAGUGGUUUCGCCUUUGAGUGUUGAGAAUUUUAAUUUCUUACAUUUGAGCGAUAUUGCACUUUGUAUUAUGAAUUGGCUUUCUUUAGUUUCUCCUCAACGUUGAACUCUAAUAAUUACCCUCAUGCAAUGCCCUAGUUCCAUGCAUGGUUAUGCAUAGUUAUAUAAGGAAAUUUAGGGCUAAUUGAUGGACUAUUUCGUAUAUUCUAUAAAUGUUGUAUAAUGUUUCAAGUUGAUAUAUUUAUAAUUUUAUAUUUUUUUGAUGUGUUAAA